CAGCCGUCGACUUACACGGGAAGCAAGAACCAUUACUACGUCAUUCGGAACGGUAGUCGUGGUUGCAUGAUUCAGCCGGGGUAUCCGCGGGUUUGGCCUCCAAACGACAAGCGCAAUCAGCGAACCAAGCGGCGUGCUUCCAGUGCCAGUCAGAGCGGUGCCCGUCGAGUAGUCAAAAAUGGGGGCACGACUGGUGGAGAACAGGACCCAGGUGGUGCCUCAACGAUGCUCGGUACUGCAGAUAGCAUUGCCGAAUUAGACAAGCCAGGCGAUCAGGAGGAGGAUCCCGAGACAGGGCAGUUGCGAUCUGUCAUGCGCUUUUUCGACCGACAUGCACCUCCAGAGCGCUUCUUCCGUAAGCACGACGUCCAUGGCGAAGCUCGAGCAGAAUUUCGGGGCCGUGUCCUCGUAACUGCAGAAAAAUUAGGCAUCCUGAAGUCAGGC